UCUUCUCCUCAGAGCCGCGGUUGAUCGCAGAGACCCGAGUGCGACACGAUGGCUUGCCCUAAGGUCUUCUUCGACAUGGCUGUUGACGGCCAGGCCAUCGGCAGAGUGGUCAUGGAGCUCCGGGCUGAUGUUGUACCGAAGACUGCAGAAAAUUUCCGUGCGCUGUGCACCGGGGAGAAGGGUUUUGGGUACAAGGGCUCCUGCUUCCACAGAGUGAUUCCUGACUUCAUGUGCCAGGGCGGCGAUUUCACCAACCACAACGGGACUGGCGGAAAGUCCAUCUACGGGAACAAGUUCCAGGAUGAGAACUUCAGACUGAAGCACACUGGCCCUGGGAUCCUGUCCAUGGCCAACGCGGGCCCCAACACCAACGGCUCGCAGUUCUUCAUCUGCACUGCCAAGACUGCCUGGUUGGAUGGGAAGCAUGUUGUGUUCGGGCAGGUCGUGGGUGGGAUGGAUAUCAUCAGGAAGGUGGAAAGCUACGGCUCUUCUAGCGGCAACACCAGUUCUUCAAGGCUCUCCUCUCAAUCCGAAAACUCGUGA